GCAGUUUUCCCAGUUUCAGGUAUAAUAAAACACCUGGACUUUGCACACAGAUUCUGCACAAAGAGCUUCCCGCGUGAUGCACAGAGAAGGCAUCUGUGAAUGGAGUGAGCAACACUUUUCAGAGGUUGGGCUGUGAUGAAGGACAGAGUAUUAGGUGAGGAAGAGGAAAUGGAAGUGAAGAGCAGCUUGCGGAGGGCUCAGUCUCUCAGAAGUGUUUCCACCGAUCACUGGACUGAAGCUGGACUUAGAGACAGGAGGAAGUCUGUCUCUCAGCUUGUGUCACAGUACCAAAACUCUCCUGACAGAAAAACCAAAGAAGUUAAUUCAGUGGAUAUCAAACAUGAGCUCAACAUGCAGGUCACACCAAUUCCUCUCAGCGAGAAUGAGAGCAGAGUUGAGACAAUAGUGAAGAAGACUGAGGUCAAAGAGAGGUCCAGGGUCUCUCCUCUCUCUCGCAGUAAGUCUAUGGAGAGCCUCCCUCGAAAUAGACCUACAGGCACCACAGCACUCAGGGCGCUUUUUGAGUCAAAGGUCACCACCCAGCCUGAGUCCAAGAAGAGCAAGACGCCACUUGAAUCAGUGAGCGCUGAGAAAGCCAAUAACACUGUUCUUGCCAAAAACAAGGAUGCUGAAGAUGCAAAGCAACAAGUAGAGGCAGAGGUUAAUAACAACCACAGUGAACAAGAGAAAGAAAAUGAAGAGGUUCAAGUGAUUACAAAGAGUGCAAGAACAAAGGAGAUAACACGAUCUGAAAGAAGAAAGACCAUUUCUGGCAUUUGUAGUGAAAAAAUAUCCUUUUUAGAGGAGGAUAAAAGAAGGUCAGUCGCCGACUUCAGAGAUAACUCUGCUCUCAACGAAUUGGAGAAACCCUCUAUUUCCGUCAAAGCACUGUCUGCACUAUAUUUGUCAAAAGUGGCAGCUGCAGAACCUGCGGGAAACCUCUCGAAACCAGACCAGAAUCUCACUUCUCCAACUGGAAAAAGGCCAAACGGAUUUAAGAUGGCUGAAGGUGCACAAAACAGCAUUGCACGUCCACCUGAAUCAAAUGUGCCGACACACCAUUUGGAAACCAAUCCUGAUGAACAUGAACGACCCUUUACAUCACCACCCCCUACAAGAGAAGCAAUGUCCAUACUGCACCAACGCCGACAGAAAUGCGAGCUUAGACGACUGCUAAAACACACUUAUCCUGAGUUGAAAAACGUAGACAGUUUGGUAGAGGAGGAGCUGGCUGAUAUUCUUAACACGGAUCCAGACACUGGAUACCAGAGUGAGGUCCAGUCCAGGUGCUGGAUGUUUGAAAACCAUGAAGUCAAUUCAGUGGAUAUCCAUGAUCAACAACUACAGAAGAAAAUGGAGUUUCAAGAGGGCGACAUCAAGAGAACUGUGUGUAUGUUUGAACAACCUCAGUCUAACUCCUACAACGAAGACAACAAACCUCAACUCAACCAAUCAGAGGAAGUGACAUCAGAGCAGAACAUCAAGGUGGAUGUAAAAGCCACGCGUAGAAUGUUUGAAACUCACUCGAUGGAUACUCAAAAACCCUGUCCAAGGAAACACAUUGCUUGUGAGGAUACAAGUCGAUUGGAGCAGAAACCAAAGAGUAAUUCUGAGAGUGAUCGAAAGGAAGCAACAGACAUUCACCAUAAUGGGCUAACCAGUGAAUUAAUUGACACAAAUGAGUUGUUUGUAAGUAUAUCUAAAGCUAAACAGGUCUUCGAAACAGUAUCACAUGAUAUGGAAAACAUCUUUCCAACAAAUGACAACUUCAGCCAAGAACAAGAACUGCUGAAGGCAAAUGUACGAAACCGAGCUCAGAUGUUUGAAUCAACUCCACUUGAUAAGAUCAAUCAGCAAACCAAGGAAGAAUCAGAAACCAUCCUGGAGAACACACAAGAAACUUUAGUUUCUUUAUGCAACUUCAGUAUUGUGCAUUCUGAUGGAACCAUCCUUGAAGCCAGUGAAACUGGCCAUGUGAAGAAAGCAAGAUAUAAUUUAAUUCAAGAAGAUGCAAGACCAGAAAUUCAUGAUGAGGAGAUAGUGACUGGAAGCAUCAAGAACAUCAUGCUUCAGAUGCUAACAGGAACAAACUUAAACCCAACUGUGACAUACCUAAAAGAGGAUAAUCAGGGCAAUGUGGAGAUUCAGAAAGUCGACGUCCCAAUUCACCAACUUCCAUUCACUCACGAUAAAGAGUGCAGAACUGCCAAUGUGGUGCAGAUUACUGAAGAUCUACUCAGUCAAGAGAAGUCCCUCAGGAAAGGAGUCUUAAUACAAGAUGGAAGAGCAGGAAUGAGAGAGAUAACAGUUUAUGCUCUGUUUAUCCACAGCGAAGCCAGUACAGGCUCAGUGGAGUUUGGUAAAAUUGGUUUUAGAUCCAUUCCCUCAAGCCUUGAGUCUGAAAAAUGUGAUCUGAAGGCAGAUAUUAGUUCACCAGAAAGUUCUUCAGUAGUAGAUACGAACAAAGCUAGUAAUAAUCUGCAGCUAUUCCAGAGCUGCACUGAGAAAGGAGACCUUGAUCAACUAAAAUGCCUGCAGGAAACACCAUCAGAUGUAGAUAUAGGAGCAUCUACCAAGGAAUCAAAGAAAACCAGUGAGAUCAAAGCCCUUUUGGCUACCGAUAUAGAUGAUACAAGCUUCAGCCUGCAGUCGGAUGAAAACAAGUCAGAAGUGUCACCUAAAGAAAGUUCGGUAAAUAAUGAGAAAAAUCAUGCAGAAACAACAAACCAAGCUGAACAUUGUCCUGACGUAGGUGACAAUCUGAAAAAAGAAAGAGGUCUCCAAAAGCAGGGUAUUAUGGAUGGAGUCGUUCUUCAAGCUGAGCUAGUUGACGUUGUUGAAGAUGAUGAGUUGGUGAAUCUACAAACAGCCAUUAUGAAUCUUCAACAGGCAACCAUGGAGGCAAAAGCUAUUCAGCAGAGUGUGCAAGCAAAAUAUGCUACCCAAACAAACCAAACCCAACAAAUCUGUGACUCUGAUUCAAUGACCCAUGAGUUUACACAUGUGAAAACCAAUGAUAAUGUAAGUCAGAGUGAAGAGCUCUCACAGUUUUCCAAAACUGAACCGGAAGAAGAAAGUAAGGAGGAUGCCAUGAAAGGUAGCAUACAGGCAGCUCUUGAUUCCUUGGGAAAGUCCAACUUUAAUGUCACAAAGGGUGAUUUUAAAGCUGCAAUGAUUUAUAGGAAUUCUGGUAAAGGACACAAAAAGACGGGUGAAGUGAUGAUGAAUCAGAUGAACCAGCCAAGUGAUAGGACUGAAGAAAAUAAGUCAGGAACAUCUUCUCCUGUGCCUCAAGUUGAAAAGGAGGCUGUAAAAUCACCUGAGGGAACUGUUACAAAGCCAUUUGAAAACAAACCAGUGACAUGUUCUCCCUUGCCUCUCUCUGUAGAAACACCUGCUAAAAGUCAUAAAACUCCUAUUGGACCCAAACCAGCUCUGCCACCUAAACCAGAUCAUUUAAAAAUGAAGGCAAACCCAUUUAGUUCUGAAACUGAUGCAGAACGUCUCAACAAAUGGCAAGUCCCAGGUACUUCUUCAAAACCACCAACUGAGCAGGUUAAACAAUCUUCAACUCUUAUGAAGUCUCAUGAAGAUGCACUCUGCAAAACUGUACAGCAUACUGAUGCCAGUGAACACGAGCCUAGUGAUACAUCAGCGAGCAACACUGAAAGUCCUGAAGAUAAAAAGUUAAAUGAUGUAGAGUUUGUUGAAGAAACUCCAAAGAGCUCCCCAGAAAGUGUGGUCAGUGAAUCUUCCACAGGAUUUCAUGCUACUCUUCAAAACUUCAGGGUGAAGCCGAGUGGUUCAGUGCCUCCUGUAAAACCUAAAAGAAUCAAAAUGGCAAAAGAAAAUGUGAAGACAGAUAACACCAAUAGCAGCUCUACCACUUUGGAAACUGAAACAGCACAGGGAAUCACUGCUCCUCAUGAAAAUGAAAAAAGUGAUGAUCAACAAAUUAGUGGAGUGGUCAGACGGGAAAAGAAAAUUAGAAGAGAGACUGAAGAUGAGCGAAGGCAGAGGCUCUCGGUGCACAUGGAUGAAAUCAUGAAAGGAAACGUGCCAGCGGUCAUAGAGAUCUUUGACAAGCUGAAAAAGCAAGAGGAACUGAAAAACAUACUCUCCAAAGUGGAGGAAAUCGAAGAAGACAACAACAAAGUAGACGUGGGCUCACUUAAAAACAUUUUCGAGAGUGUACCUGAUUGGGUCGUGCCUCGGGAGAAGAAAAUCAAGCCGAAAAUAGUCACGCUGGAACAUAUCGGAGCGCCAAGUGAACCUGAGAUGAUGACAUCCAUGGAGGUGGCUUUUGGAGACCUGGAGAAAGCUGGUGCAGAGAUAAUUCGUUUAAAAGACCAAACUCUUGCAAGACUCAUGGAUAUAGAGGAGGCCAUUAAAAAGGCUCUUUACUCAGUAUCAACUCUGAAAUCGGACUCUGACAUUGUAGGACUCUCCGGUCUCUUCAGGGAGUCCAUGGUGGCCGUACAAGGUUCACCUCCCUCAGGUAAUAUCAGGAAAAUCAGCAUUGGGUCAAGCAAAUCACCCAAGGCUCUAAAUCAGAUUGGUAAGAGGGUUUCUGAACAGUCAGCAAGGCCAGAGCUUUUUAUUCCCACAAACAAACAGAGGUCAGCCUCACCGGCAUCUCCUUCGUUUAUUUCCAUUCAGUCUGCAGCGAGGAAGCCUUCAGAGUCGCCUCAGAAAGAAGAACCAAAAGAAGAGCCCAAGCUCCAGUGCUGCUGUAGUGUGCCUUCAGACCGCAGGCAAUGUUCUGUCACAAAAGCGCCGUCCUCGAGCCCUGCGAAUCCACGGCGACAGGUCAGUGUGUUGGAAGUGCAAACGAGGCCUGAAGGAGAGAGAGUCAUUGGAACAAAAACCAUCAGCGAGAAUUAUGAAAGGAUGGACAGCUUCGGCAACAAGUUCUACUCCUCGAAAACCUCCACGGUUGUGACAACCCAACCUGAAACUAGGACAACUUCUAAAAAGCUCACUGUGAGCAGUCCAGCCAUGUCAGAAAUUGUCACGUACCCAAGAAUCAACACACCUUUUAUUAGAGAAGACCGUCCCCCACUGUAAAUUGAUUUCGAAAUUUAUUUCGGUUUUGGUUGUCACGUAAUUGCGAGAUCUAAUAAUGUAACAGCCAAUGCAUUUUUGUACUUUUUUUGCUUGGUUAUCUUUUGAAGGUUACUUCACUAUUCCUAUUUCUCUUUAUUAGUAUUUCAGUUUACGUUUUGUGAAUUAAUAUUUUUUAAAACUAUGUUUUCCUUAGUGUGUUACAGUCAUGCAAUAAACAUGUCCUAAUAUUUUUGUGAAUACAAUAUAAUUUGAAUUUCUGCCAUAUUUGUCAAUAAAAAUAAUAGAAACGUGUCA